AUGAAUGAGGAUGGAUUGUUUGAAGUAGUACAACAUGUUUUGGUACAUAAUCAUGAACUCACAAGAAAACAAUGGCACUAUCUUCAUCGAUCUGAAAGAGAGAUGACAGAAGAAAAGGGACAAGUAAUAGAAAACUUGCAAAAGUCAAGACUUUCAGCUAUGGACUCAUAUCGAGCUAUGUGUAAUGAAGCUGGAGGUGAAGAAAACUUGGGACACACAAAGAAAGACCAUCUGAAUUAUUGGACAAGAUUGAAAAUGAAAAAUAUUGAAGGUGGUGAUGCACAAGCAGUCUCUGAAAUAAUGUACCAGGAACUUGCUAAUGAUCCUGAAUUUUUCUUUAGAUUUAGAUUGAACAAAGCAGGCAAGUUAAGAGCACUAUUUUGGAGAGACUCAAUGAUGAGAGAAGAUUAUAGUAUUUAUGGAGAUGUUGUAGUGUUUGACACUACAUAUAGGACAAAUAGAUACAAUUUGUGUGCACCUAUUGUUGGAAUAAAUAACCACUGGAAAAAUUGCAUGUUUGGUUGGGCUUUUAUUGGAGAUGAGAAAAUAGAAUCAUUUGUAUGGCUCCUUGAGACUUUCAAAAAGUCAAUGGGAGGGAAAUUCCCAAGCUCAAUCUUCACAGACCAAGAUCAAGCAAUGUGCUCUGCAAUACAGAAGGUCUUUCCAGAGGUCAGACAUAGAUUAUGUAUAUGGCAUUUGGAACAAAAUGUUAUUACAAGAUUUGGAUCGUUGAAACGAGACAAGGAUUUUAAGAGAACAUUCUCCUACUGUUUGAAACGAUGUGUAACUGAAGUUGAGUUUGAAACUGAAUGGAACUCAAUGAUUGGGAAGUAUAAUUUACAAGAAGAUAGUUGGUUCCAAAGAAUUUAUGAUCUAAAAGAAAAGUGGUGUCCAGCUCUAAGCAAAGACUUCUUCUCAGCUGGUAUCCUCUUUUCCCAACGAAGUGAAAGUACCAAUCAUGCAAUUGGGUUUAGAGCAAAUAGAUCAACAAGUAGAUCAACAAGCUUGACUGAAUUCUAUACCAUUUUCAAAGCUUGUAUACAGCGUUGGAUAAGCACGGAAAAACAUGAUGAGUUCUCGUGUAGUAAAUCAACUGCAUCAUCAGCAAUACCAUUAUCUGGUAUGCUGAAACACGCAUCAGAAAUCUACACUUUGUCUUUAUUCACAGAUUUUGAAGAAGAAUUUGGGUAUUCCAUUGCAACUACCACAAAAUUGCUUUGGCAAAAUGGUAGUACCUUGUUCUAUUUAGUGGCAAUUAAAAGUGAACCUUGGUCAGAACAAAAAGUCACUUUUGAAUAUGACAGCAACCAAGUUAAAUGCACUUGCAAGAACUUUGAAGCUUCUGGAUGGUUAUGCUACCACUGCAUCAAAAUAUUACACUUACAUUCAGUGAUGAGAAUACCAGAUCAGUAUAUAAAGAAGAGAUGGACAAAGUUUGCAAAAUCAUCAAUUUGGGAAAGACAAGACAAUGAAGAACCUGAACAAAAUCAAUACGCACCUUGGCGUCAAACCAUGGCUAAAAAAUUCUAUAAUUUAAUAUUGAAAAGUCAAUUGAAUGAAGAGGCAAGAACCCUUAUCGAGGACAGUUAUGCUGCUAGCCUUUCUCUUGUUGAAGAACUACUAACAACCAUCAACAACACUACUGAAGCAGAGACUAACCAAGCUACUGAAACAGAGACCAAUCAAGCUACUGAAACAGAGACCAAUCAAGCUACUAAAGCAGAGACCAACCAAGCUACUGAAGCAGAGGCACCUCUUAUAUUAGAUCCUGAACGUACAACAACAAAAGGAAGGAACAAAAGGCCACGAGGACCACUGGAGAAGAAAAGGAAGGAAGACAGCAGUACCCCCACUUGA